AGCCGUCCGGGUGUGUGCAAGGGAGCGCCUCGCCUGCGGUCUCGGCGGCCGGAGGCCAAAGCUGCGGAGAGGAACAGUCGCCGCGCUGCGCCUGCAGCUCGCCUCUUUACCCUCCACCGGCUGGGCCGCACAGGCGCGGUCUAGGCAGCCCCCACCGGAGUGCCCCAAGUCCGCACUAACUGCCCUCGCUUCAGGCCUUCCGGCCCGCAGCUUCCUCUGGGCGCAGGACUCGACGACGGUUAGCCCCAGGUCAGCGGGAGGCACAGACCAGCUGCAGGCGCCCCAGCCCUGGACCGUUUCCGGGCCCCUUGACCGCCUGGCACCAGCGCGCAAAGGGCCCUUCAGACCGCGACUAGGGCCUAGUCCCGCUCCCGACACCGCUGCCGGCUCCUGGCCUCGAGCUCCAGAACACGAGCAGAGCCGUCGGUGGGCGGGACACUCCUGAGCCUCCGUCUGCCCCAAGCCAGCCCGGAAACCGAGAGCGCCAAGACUCCAGCGCACCCCUGGAGAAGCUGUGCUCCGAGUGCCAGCCCGCGAGGACUCCCAGAGCUCUCCGCAGAGGGGUCCAGGGCCCACUCCUUUGGCCAGCAGCCCGGCCCCGCAGCCUCCGAGACCCGCCCCCGCCCCUCGACAGUAGCGGGCGGCGGGGACGCCCAGGACGCGGGACGGCUGCGCCAUGACGGCUGAGAGCCGGCCGCCGCCGCCGCCGCCUCAGACGGAGGUGCUGGCGGCCGUGAAGGAGGAGCGCAGUGAGGCGGCGACCGGGGUCCCAACGGAGGCCACGGGUCGCGGCACCGGUGGGCGUCGGCGGAAGCGCCCCCUGCAGCGCGGAAAGCCACCCUACAGCUACAUUGCGCUCAUUGCCAUGGCCAUUGCGCACGCGCCUGAGCGCCGCCUCACUCUAGGCGGCAUCUACAAGUUCAUUACGGAGCGUUUCCCCUUCUACCGCGACAACCCCAAAAAGUGGCAGAACAGCAUCCGCCACAACCUGACGCUCAACGACUGCUUCCUCAAGAUCCCGCGCGAGGCUGGCCGUCCAGGCAAGGGCAACUACUGGGCGCUCGACCCCAACGCCGAGGACAUGUUCGAGAGCGGCAGCUUCCUGCGCCGCCGCAAGCGCUUCAAGCGCUCGGACCUCUCCACUUACCCAGCCUACAUGCACGACGCGGCGGCCGCCGCCGCCGCUGCCGCCGCCGCCGCCGCUGCCGCCAUCUUCCCGGGAGCAGUGCCCGCUGCGCGCCCGUCUUACCCCGGCGCCGUCUACGCAGGCUAUGCCCCGCCGACGCUUACCGCGCCGCCCCCUGUCUACUACCCAGCUGCGUCGCCAGGACCGUGCCGCGUCUUCGGCCUAGUGCCUGAACGGCCACUCAGUCCAGAACUGGGCCCCGCGUCGUCGGGGCCCGCGGGUUCCUGCGCCUUUGCCUCGGCCAGCGCCUCUGCAGCCACCACCGGCUACCAGCCUGCAGGCUGCGCGGGGGCCCGACCUACCAACCCCUCUGCCUACGCGGCCGCCUACGCAGGCCCCGAUGGCGCGUACCCGCAGGGCGCAGGCAGUGCCCUCUUCGCAGCGGCUGGCCGGCUGGCGGGGCCCGCCUCGCCCCCCGCGGGUGGCAGCAGUGGUGGCGUUGAGACCGCAGUGGACUUCUAUGGGCGCACAUCGCCCGGCCAGUUUGGAGCGCUGGGGCCUUGCUACAAUCCUGGGGGGCAGCUCGGAGCCGGCAGUGGAGGCGCCUAUCAUGCUCGCCAUGCGACUGCCUAUCCUGGCGGGGUGGAUCGAUAUGUGUCCGCCAUGUGAGCCGAGCUUUCGGUCGAAAAUUCAUAGAUACCUCGGCUCUCCACAUGAACUAAGUUUCCCUGAGACCUGAGAACAGGACUGAAGAGAGGAUUUGAGAGCCACGUGGAAGGGACAGAGAGGGCAGGAGAGGCAUACAUAGCCUCCCAGCGCACCGCGUACACACAGGUCCGCUUUGGAAAUGGGAGGAUGUGGGGAGAGGCAGCGAGGGCCCACGGACUGAGACAAAGGACCCUCAGUAAGGCGAAGCUCCAAAGGACAUGCCUUUCACAUUCUACUGGGGAGGGUACUUGGCGAUGAUGGGGGCGCAGCGUAGUGCGUACACCAGAGUCUAGGUCUGAACUGUGGGGAAUCACCACCAUGUCUUCACUCAUCCCUGUAUUGCAAGAAACUCGGCCGGGCCUUUUACACGGUUCUGCUUCUUGCGCCUUUGAUUACUACAGCAAAGGCUCCAAUAGCGCCUUCCUUAAGGUGAGGAAGAUGAGUUUGCAAAAGAAGUAGCCCCCUCCUUUAAAAAAAAAAGGGGGGUGGGGGGGAGGGUUCUGCUUCUCUUGACCUGGGGCUGGUUUUCCCUGCCUUUGAGAACUGCAGACCUGGCUCUUAGUCUGGAGACUGUGCCUCAGCUCCAGAGUGUGACCUAAUCCCAUCGCCCACAUCCCCAGUCUCUUCAUCUGCCAUACAAGAGGGCUGCAGGAUUCGACGCCAUAUGGCCUUUAAGGGCCGCGUCAUCGUGGAUGCUGCCCUGCGAAUCUGGCAGCAUCGGUGGGCCACCCAGGGCCUGACCCUAUUCCCAAGAACUGGAACAGAGCUUAGGACAAGCUCCUGCCCUGAAGUCUCUGGAUUGGUUCCAAGCAACAAUUAUAUUAUAAUUUCUUGAACCUUUUGAGCAUGAUGUGCUGAUCAUUCGGCAGCUGUUACGCUAGGUCAUAAAUUGGGUUUUCCAAUGAGACAGGUAAAAAUACAUUUGUCCAUUGUCCACACUUUCAUUUCAGUAAGUGACCCUGCAGCAAAUUGGAAAACUAAAAUUCAAAGAGACGACAGGACUCAGGGCAGCCCUUUGGUUUCGGCUUGUUGACCUGGCUCUUCCAUCCCUGGAAGUCUCUGCAGUACAAAAAGGAAAGAGAAAAAUUAACUGGGUCCGUCAGUGAAGUAAGCUUUAGAAAGAAACUGGAUUUUUAACUUUGUUUUGUAUCCGUUCGUUUUAAACAUCAAGCUGACCCAAAGCAGAGAAAACUCAACUCCUUUUCCACCUUUCUCUUAAGAUACCUUGUUAAGUUUUUAUUCUGGAACCAAAAUUUCCAGGGUUAAAUACUUCAGAGGCUCGGUAUGCAGCUCUCAGAUAAACCUGAGUGUUCAGAUGAACUGUUUUAAUAAAAAAUCUUUGAUCAAGUGAGUUCUGGCAAGAGAAACUCUGCACCUUUCUGAGUAGUUAACUUGCUAGCGAAGGGGUGGGGGUUGCGUGAGAAAGAAGACUGAAAACCAGUGGUAAUUUUUAUUUUUAAUCUCGGGAAUUGUGCUCUCUUGUUCACAAAGGCAUGCGAAUGUGAUUCAGUCCAGACGGGUAUUUGUCUAAAUGAGUACUGUCCAGAAUGGAGACUACACGUGUAAUUUAAAAUUUUCUAGUAGCCACAUUAAUAAACAGUUGAGAUUAACUAAUA